GAAUUGGAAGAAUCAAAGCUUGAAUGCAUGCUUGAACUUCACUCCUUCUCAGCCAUCAACUCCGCCGUCAUCAUUUGUGCUGUUGUCGCUGGACAAGAUGAGACUUUUCACAAUCUUGUUCGUUUUACUGGCAAGUAUACUGUUGGUAAAAGCACAAUGGGAUAAAGAUGAUUACGAAAUAUUUGAAUUACAAGCUGCAUUGGAAAAAGAUGAAGGUGAAGGUGUAAACUUUUAUUCUUUUUUCAAUUUGACAAGAUCAGCUUCGGCAAAAGAUAUUCGUAAAGCAUAUCGUGCAAGAAGUAUGGAAUUACAUCCUGAUAAACAUGCAAGUAAUCCAGCUGCCGCACGAAGAUUUGAACGUUUGGGCGUCAUUAACAAGAUCCUACGUGAUCACAGAAGGGAUCGAUACGAUCAUUUCUUGACAAAUGGAUUUCCAAAAUGGCGUGGAUCUGGAUACUUUUAUGCAAGGUAUAGACCAGGUCUCAUCUCUGUGCUGGUAUUCCUCGUUCUCAUCACAUCUUCAAUCGAAUUGGUAAUCAAAAGAUUGAACUACAAACGCGACCAGGACCGCCUCAAGAGCUUAAUCACCACCGCCAAAGUGCUCGCAUGGGGACCGCGAUUCCGAUCUAUUGAAGAUGGGUUGAAGACAGGUGACAAUUCUCAGAACAAGAAUGUGAUCGUGCCAGGCGAGAAGAAAGUCCGUGUUCCAUUAAGCGGACUAGACAUCCCUGAAGUCACCCCUCGCAAGGCUGAAGAGGAUGAAUCUGCUUAUUGGGAUAAUGAUGAAAAAGCAGUACGAAAAGCCAUUGCAUCAGGCACAUCAGCGAACAACAAUGCAGCUCUUGAAUACGGAAGCUCAAGACGAUACGUUGAUGCCUUGGUCACUCGGGAAUCAGAAGUGCUCAUUAUGGAUCCUGUCUCAAAGGAAUGGACACCCCUUGAUUUAGCAUCAAAUCAAAAACCAGCAUUCACUAAUACAUGGGCAUUCAAUCUAGCAAGAGGCAUUGCUGGCAAGGUUGUCCCCGGUGGUGGAAACGCAGGUGCAAUUCAGUCAGAGGGAGAAGGCUUUGACAACGAUGCUACGAAUGCUGUUUCAUCUGUCAAUGGAUCCAGCUCAAAGAAGCGCAAAAACAAAAAGAAGCAAUAAUGAUGCGAUGUACUUUUCAGGUGUCGUUACAAUAGAUUCAAUGUCAUAAUUCAUUAUACAGCAUGAAAGAAGAUGUAUGUACCGUUUGAGAG